AUGGCCCGCAUUCAAGAUUUCGAGGGUAUGCAGUACUCUCGCACCGGCGACGAGGAUGAACAACAAGAUUAUGCCUUCUUCAACCAGCAGUACGCAACCUCGACAUAUCAGAAGGAACACAACAUGAAACCGAGUCUCAUCGUCCGACCUAAACACGACCAGGAUGUAAUCAAAGCAGUCAACUGGGCCCGUGACAACAACGUCGCCGUCGCCGUCAAGAGCGGCGGUCACCAAUACAGCGGCGCCUCCUCCACCGGCGGGGUCAACAUCCAGCUCGACCUCUCCAACACCUACAAAGACCUCAUGAUCCUGAAACCCAAGAUCCCCAUCGCCCAAGACCGUGCUCUUGUCUACACAGGAGUGAGUACCACCAUGAUGGAGCUCAACCACUACCUCAAGCACAACAAACUCUUCGUACCUACCGGGCAAUGUGCCUUCGUCGGAGUAGGCGGCCACGGACAGACCGGCGGAUACGGACAGCUCGGUCGUAGCUUCGGUCUCUUUUCCGAUCACAUCAGAACCAUCCGUCUCGUCUGCCACGACGGGGUCAUCCGGGACGUGACCAAGGAAAACGACGCGGAGUUGUUCUGGGCCAUCCUCGGCGGAAGCCCGGGGAACUUCGGCAUAAUCACGCACUUCAUCGUCGAAGUAUACAAGUCGAAAAGCUACCUCGGUACCGUCGCAGGACCGAAUGAUUUUAAGGGCCCGCACGGCAUCAAGGCGCUGUGGAUCUACUCCCGCGAAGUGCUCGAAAGGCUCCUGACCGCCGUCGUCAAGAUGGCCGAAGACCCGAGCUUCCCGCGCGGGUUUGACAUCUGCGUCAGCGUCCUCAGCACCGAGUUCCCCAUCACGACGCUCUUCAAAGAGCUCAACGACGCCAGCGUGUGGGAGCGCGUGCAGGAGCACAUCAGGAAGGUCCUCGAAGACAAGUUCCUCAAGUUCCUAAACGGAAAGUUCCCGGCGUCCAUCAUCCUCUACGCUCAGUGGUGUCCGACCAGCAAAGAAGACAGGUACGACGCCAAGGUGGACGCCUGGUUCGACCAGUUCCGUCAGCUCAAAGGGCUCUUGGAGAACGAGACGCUGCAGUUUGGAGAAUUCGAUAUGGAAAUGUCGGACAUGACGGGCCAGUGGAUCUUCCCAAAGGCUCGCGAGUUCGACCUUCCGUACGUCAAGCGCACGUACGCGACCAAGUCGACGAGUCUGCUCAAGGAUGGAUGGAUUGAUUCGGUUGCGGAUCGUAUUGACCUCAUCUACAACCCGAAGCAGUAUCUCGACGGACGCCCUGGCGAGAAGAACUUUGAACGGUACCUCAGGUGCAAGCUUUCGGUCCAGAUCCAGUGUUUCGGCGGCGAAAAGUCGCGGUUUUAUGCCAACAGGGACAACGGAACGUCAUUCAGCUGGCGAGACUCGUCAGUUGUGCAGACGCUCGAUUGUUUCCAUGAAGCGGAUGCCGAGUCGAAGAAGUAUGCCGAUGCGUGGCAGGCUAAGAACGACGCUGUCAUGAUCGGGCCCGAUAGUUCGUUCAGCAAAGAAGACAGGCGUCUCCUGUGGGGAUCAUAUGGCAACUGGAUACUCGGCGAUGAGAAGAUUUGGAGAUGCUAUUAUGAGAGUGAAGAGAAGUAUAAGAGAAUCGGAAGGGCCAGAGCCAGGGCCGAUCCCCACGGCACUUUCACCGCGAACCCUUUCGCUGUCACUGCGGUUAGAGGUGCUGUCAAUGGACAUACGUAG